AUGGCAUCCCUUUCUGUUGAAGAAGAAAACUAUGUUCGAAUGAGUUUGUUACUAACAGGAAUUUCUCCUCGUGCAGCUAGAACUUUCUUUGAUGGUGAAUUUUCUCCCGCAUGCUUAGAUGCUACAAUAAAGAAGGAGUAUAACAAAUUGUUCGACUUAAAAAAGAAGCAUAUAAUCAACCAAUCACAGUGGAACCUUUUGUUUCCAAGAUUUCCUGAUGUACCAGAUUCUAAAACAUUUGAUGUGACUUUGAUGAUAUUAUUACUGAGGAAUUUGGCUCAAAUCACCCCUCCUCUUUGUGGAUUUGACCGUCUACCCUCUGCAAAAGAAACCACACCAGCCUCAGACUUAGCAAGGAUCAAACACUUCAGAAAUUACCUGGCUCAUUUGGAUGAUGACAAGCUAGACUCAGGGAUCUUCAAUACUGCUUGGAAUGAUAUAACUUGUGCCAUAGAUAGAUUAGGUGGGCGGAAAAUGAAGCAGGAGUGUAAUCAUCUGAAAACCAAACCUUUAGAUCAAACCAACCAAGAAAUAAUCAUGGACAUCAGCCAUUCCAAUAAUGAAAUAAAGGAACUAAGAGAAUCAUUUAAAAGUUUGGAGCGGUCGCAUACUGAAAUGAUGAAAUCUCAUGAAUUACUUCAAGAACAUCAUGAAGAAGUAAAGAAAUCCCAUGAGACAUUACAAGAUGACCAUACAAAAGUAAAAAAAUCCUAUAAAGUAUUACAAGAUGACCAUACAAAAGUUAAGAAAUCCCAUGAGAAAUUACAGGUUGACUAUAAGAAAGUAACAAAGGAAAUGGAAACAAUAAAGACUUCUCAGGAAGAUAUUGUGCCAUGGAAUAUAAGAGCAAGAAUAAAUGAUACACUUACAGAUUGGAAGGACAAUGAUAAUAGGAUGUUUAUAAAUACAAGAGCGUCCCAGUAUGUACUUAAAUGUAUAAAGGAAAACAGCUGUGUAACUAUAACAGCUAGUUCCGGAGUAGGUAAGACAGCAACACUUAGACAUGUAGCUUUACAAAUGGCAGAAGAAGAAGAAUAUGAUGUACUUAUAGUGACACAGCCAGGUGACAUUCUGAGGUUCCACAAUCCAAAUAAGAAAACAUUGUUUGUUGUUGAUGAUUUGUGUGGAAACUUUUCGCUGAACCAGAGCGACAUUAAAUGUUGGGAACCAAUACUGGAGGAUAUAAGACAAAAUCUUGAAAAAAAACAACUAAAAAUAUUAGCAGCAUGUCGGUUACAGGUGUACCAAGAUGAUAAGUUUGAUUCAUUAUCAGUUUUUAAGUCAUGUGUAUGUAACAUGUUAUCAAAGAACAUUUGCUUGUCAAAAACUGAAAAAACAUCAAUAGCGAAGUUGUAUCUCAAUGCAAAAGCUUCUGAGAUAAGUGACUUUUAUGAUAUUUAUGACUGUUUUCCUCUUUUAUGUAAAUUAUGUCAUGAUAAUCCUGAACUUAAUAUAACUGAUUUCUUUCAAAAUCCAUUUUCAAUUUAUGAAGCAGAGAUUGAUAAGUAUCUAAAAAAAGGGCAUUACGCUAAAUACUGUGCUUUGGCUUUAUGUGUCAUGUUUAACAACAAAUUAAAGGAAGAAAUGUUGACAGAACAAGUGAACGGAGAAACCAGAACUAUCAUUGAGAAUACAUGUGAGGCAUGUAGAUUAGACAGUGGAACAUCAAGACUUAUGUACAUACAGAGAAUGAUUGAUGACUGGUCAAAAGGAAAAUUACAAGAUGUAUUUAGUAACAUCAAUAUGAAGAUACCUCAGUUCAGACAGAAAUUGCUCUGCUAUUUGAAAACACUAGAUAUAUCCACCCAGACAAAACUGGCAAAUAUCUCUGAUGAACAUAAAACAUUAUUAAAUUGUCGUUAUUCGAGGAUGUUACACGAUAAGGAAUAUGAAAUUUCUUUAUUACAUUUUUGUUAUUUAGGAGAUAUUUGUUUGGUCAAGUGGUGUUGUGAUCAUGGUGUAGAUGUAAACAGAUGUUCAUCUCAUAAUCAGUUGCCCAUAGUGACGGCUUGUGAACAUGGUCAUAUAGAAAUAGUAAAGAUGUUGCUAGACAGAGGAGCAGACUAUAAUAAAUGUGGAGGGUAUGGUGAGUCACCUGUAAUGAUGGCUUGUAAAAAGGGUCAUAAAGAAAUAGUAAAGAUGUUGUUAGACAGAGGAGCAGACUAUAAUAAAUGUGAUUUUUGGGGGGAUUCACCUGUAAAGAAGGCUUGUGAAAAAGGUCAUACAGAUAUAGUAAAGAUGUUGUUAGACAGAGGAGCAGACUGUAAUAAAUAUGGAAGCUAUGGUGAGUCACCUGUAAUGAAGGCUUGUGGAAAUGGUCAUAUAGAAAUAGUAAAGAUGUUGUUAGACAGAGGAGCAGACUAUAAUAAAUGUGAUAGAGAUGACAGGUCACCUUUAAAGGAGGCUAGUCAACAUGGUCAUAUAGAAAUAGUACAGAUGUUGUUAGACAGAGGAGCAGACUAUAAUAAAUGUGACAGGUGGGGUCAAACACCUCUAAGUAAGGCCUGUGAAAAUGGUGAUAUAGAAAUAGUAAAGAUGUUGUUAGACAGAGGAGGAGACUAUAAUAAAUAUGGAUGGUAUGGUGAGUCACCUUUAAUGCAGGCUUGUAGAAAUGGUCAUAUAGAAAUAUUAAAGAUGUUGUUAGACAGAGGAGCAGACUAUAAUAAAUGUGAUAAAGGUGAUGAUUCACCUGUAAUGAAGGCUUGUGAAAAUGGUCAUAUAGAAAUAGUAAAGAUGUUGUUAGACAGAGGAGCAGACUAUAAUAAAUGUGGAGGGUAUGGUGAGUCCCCUGUAAUGAAGGCUUGUAAAAAUGGUCAUAAAGAAAUAGUAAAGAUGUUGUUAGACAGAGGAGCUGACUAUAAUAAAUGUGGAUGGUAUGGUGAGUCACCUGUAACGAUGGCUUGUGAAAAUGGUCAUAUAGAUAUAGUAAAGAUGUUGUUAGACAGAGGAGCAGACUAUAAUAAAUGUGGAGGGUAUGGUGAGUCCCCUGUAAUGAUGUCUUGUAAAAAGGGUUAUAUAGAAAUAGUAAAGAUGUUGUUAGACAGAGGAGCAGACUAUAAUAAAUGUGAUAAAGGUGAUGAUUCACCUGUAAUGAAGGCUUGUGAAAAUGGUCAUAUAGAAAUAUUAAAGAUGUUGUUAGACAGAGGAGCAGACUAUAAUAAAUGUAGAUUGUUUUUUGGGUCACCUGUAACGAUGGCUUGUAAAAAUGGUCAUAAAGAAAUAGUAAAGAUGUUGUUAGACAGAGGAGCUGACUAUAAUGAAUGUGGAUUGUACGGUGAGUCCCCUGUAAUGAUGUCUUGUAAAAAGGGUUAUAUAGAAAUAGUAAAGAUGUUGUUAGACAGAGGAGCAGACUAUAAUAAAUGUGAUAAAGAUGAUGAUUCACCUGUAAUGAAGGCUUGUGAAAAUGGUCAUAUAGAAAUAGUACAGAUGUUGUUAGACAGAGGAGCAGACUAUAAUAAAUGUGGAUUGUAUGGUGAGUCACCUGUAAUGAUGGCUUGUAAAAAGGGUCAUAAAGAAAUAGUAAAGAUGUUGUUAGACAGAGGAGCACACUAUAAUAAAUGUGAUUAA